AUGGACGGAUGGGGAAGAAACGAGUAUUAUCAUUUUGGGACACAUGCAGUUAGAGUCAGAAUCCUUUCCUGGACGCUUGACAAUGCAGUAAACUCGAGUGGAAUGACAACAAAGAUUGGAGACCAUACAACCACAACCCCAAAAUUGGUCUUUCCAAGUGAAACUGUCACAAAAGAUUUACUUGUGCAGGUUUUGAUUCGUCCCUUGAGUGGCCCCAAUGGUGGUUUCUCGUUUUAUGGAGCUGGUUCAGUGGUCACGUUCCUUGGUUAUGGUACUUCACACAGAUAUUCUGGACUGGUGUACGGCUACAACAACUUCGGCGUUUACGUCUGGAGAGUGAAACCUACCAGGAUGUCUUACGUAUUCGAUAUUGAUUCUCCAUGGGGAAGUGGACGACAAAAACAACAAACAAAUGACGUGGAAAUCGACAUUCGUGUGAUUGGAUUGAUGAAGAAAGCUAAAAGAAGAUGCAUGUGUCCUUGUAAUAAGGUUCAUGCAGCAAAGUACACAAGCACCAACGAAGAAGCAUUAACUAAAGAAAUUGUGAAGAUGAAAAAAGAACUUAUGGUUUUAAAAAAUGAAACAUCUGUUGCCAUGAGAAGAAAGAUCAGUAUAAAAGAUUCACGGCCGUCUGCCACAGCUUCCGGUGCUGUUUGGGUGAUAUUUCUGUUAGCUAUGAUUGGUUUCAUUGUUAUUCCGGAUGUGAUAUCAGGGGUUAGAUAUAUACUUCCGGUGCUCUUUAAGUGACAUUUCUGUUAGCUAUGGUUGGUGUAAUC